GCGGCGCGGCAGCGUGCGCCGGCGCCAGCAUCCCUCCCGGGCGCGCCUUUACUCAGCACAGCUUGCGAGUGCGGCUCGCCAUACAAUAACCGCCCGGGUCUGAAAUUAGCAGAUACCUCUAGCGCAGCUAAGUGUCAGAAAAGCAGGCGAACGUACAUUCUUUACAAUAUAGUGGAGAGCUACACCGAAAUAUAAAAACGCAGCUAAGAACUGGCAGCUCAGAUUUACCGCUCCUAUCUGCUCCUGGAUUUCUGGAGGGAACGCGAAAAAGAACUGACAAAUACGUUUAGCAAUUGAUUCUCCCUUCAUAAGAUACAAAAAGCAAGGCAGAGACGAUGCCGAAAUUCAUUAAAAUCGAUUACGCCCCGUCAGAAGAUCUUUUAAAACAACACAGAUCGCAGACUUUGGCGUAAUACUUUAUUCCAAAGAUCACUGAAUUGCCGUGCAUCUGCUGCCUUGUGCACUGACCAGCUCACGAGAGAAAAACUUCUCCCUCGCAGCUGGAGACAACUAGGAGGAGGAAAGGACGGCGCGGCGCGACGCCGCCUGUGAGGGGCUGAACGUGCCGCUGCCGCGAGCCCCCGGCCGCGGCUGCCCCGCUGCCGGCGCCCCUUGCUACACCUGCACGCACGGUCCGGCGCCAGGAGAGCGACAGGGCUUCAGCGCCGAGCAGCGCAGUUGUGCCAAGUCCUUUCAAAACGCCAGUACACUUCAGGUUACACCCAAAGGACAGCGGUUUCUCUUGAUUUCCAACGCACAGCUGACCGGCGCCGUUUCUGCCCGUAACCUUCUACCUUCGCCUGCAUGUGCGCGGGUGCGUGUGCACAUAUGUGUCUGCUGGAGAGGGAUUAAUUAGCCGGGUUUGAGCUGCAAGAGGCUGCAGUGACGAGCCCGGUGGCGAUUGGCCGCCCGCCUGCCUGGCCCUGCCUUUAUAAUUUCCACACGAGUGCAUCUGGGCUCUUAUACAAACCAACAGCCAGCUCCUCCUGACAUAUACACACACACGCACACACUCACACGGCACUUUUCCCACCGUCUGAUUAACAACCCUGCACACACACAGUGAUUACUACAGGAAAACAUAAAUAAAUACGAAGAGGUUUUAUUAUUUUGACUACUGGAAGGCUCGCUGGGUCUCAGUUCAACUUUUGUUUUUCCUGCUGCUGGGGAAGGUGCAGCUCUCGAUGCUUUCCUCUCACUCACGGACCCUUUAAAAAAAGGGGGAGGAAAACUAUCGCCCCCUCCGGUCCCCCGCCCCCCCCACCCCCCCCGCCACACACACUUCGCGACGGCUGAUCUAAAAGAGCAGGAAGAGCAUCGGAGGCGCAGCAGCCGCAGCGCUCUGCGAAACAUUGGUUACAUUUCGGAGCGCAGCAGCCUGUUUCUCCUCUGAAGUUGGCUCCAGCCCUAGCAGCCGCAUUGGAUCCCACAGCCUACUGCGAGACUCCGGUAUACAACCCGGAUCUCUGCCCCAACAUGAUCGCGGCCCAGGCCAAGCUGGUGUAUCACCUGAACAAAUACUACAACGAGAAAUGCCAAGCCAGGAAAGCUGCCAUCGCUAAGACGAUCCGCGAGGUCUGCAAAGUGGUGUCGGACGUGCUGAAGGAGGUGGAGGUGCAGGAGCCGCGCUUCAUCAGCUCCUUGAACGAGAUGGACAACCGCUACGAGGGGCUGGAAGUCAUCUCCCCCACGGAGUUUGAAGUGGUACUUUAUCUCAACCAAAUGGGGGUUUUCAACUUCGUGGACGACGGCUCUUUGCCGGGCUGCGCUGUGCUAAAGUUGAGCGACGGGCGCAAGAGGAGUAUGUCGCUCUGGGUGGAGUUCAUCACGGCGUCCGGCUACCUCUCCGCACGCAAAAUCCGCUCCAGGUUUCAGACGCUGGUGGCUCAAGCCGUGGAUAAAUGCAGUUACAGAGACGUGGUAAAGAUGGUAGCGGACACCAGCGAGGUGAAGCUGAGGAUCAGGGACAGAUACGUGGUGCAGAUUACGCCGGCGUUCAAAUGCACGGGGAUCUGGCCGAGGAGCGCUGCCCACUGGCCGCUUCCCCACAUCCCCUGGCCGGGACCCAACCGGGUGGCCGAGGUCAAGGCGGAGGGCUUCAACCUCCUCUCCAAGGAGUGCCACUCGCUGGCCGGCAAGCAGAGCUCCGCCGAGAGCGACGCCUGGGUGCUGCAGUUCGCCGAAGCCGAGAACAGACUGCAGAUGGGCGGCUGCAGGAAGAAAUGCCUCUCCAUCCUCAAAACCUUACGGGACCGGCACCUGGAGCUGCCGGGCCAGCCCCUCAACAACUACCACAUGAAGACUCUGGUUUCAUACGAAUGCGAAAAGCACCCCCGAGAGUCGGACUGGGACGAGUCCUGCUUGGGCGACCGCCUCAACGGGAUUUUACUGCAGCUCAUCUCCUGCCUUCAGUGCAGGAGGUGCCCGCACUACUUCUUGCCCAACCUAGACCUCUUUCAGGGCAAACCUCACUCGGCCCUGGAAAACGCGGCCAAACAAACGUGGCGACUGGCUAGGGAAAUACUUACCAACCCGAAAAGUUUGGAGAAACUUUAGAGGGUCAUAAAAAACGGGCCUAACCGGCACAUCUGCUUAUAUCCUGAUGAAGUUUAAGCUUCCUGUUCGAAAAGUCUAAUAUUUCCACUUGACAAUGCAAAUAAUAUUCUCUUUUAAAAAGGAAUAUAGCUUAGGCUCUUCAGAAAGAAAAACAAAUAAAAACAGCGAGUAUCGUUCCUCUUCACCACAGUUUUGCAGUUCCCCGUGAGAAAAAAAAAAAUGUUACCCGGAAAGCAAAAUUGGCUGUAAUUUAACAUGAUUGUGACCAUUCUGCCUAACCAACGGAUUAUAACAAAACCCAGUAUUUUUAUGUAAUCCCUCUGUGAGUAAAAGCUAUCUGGAUAUGCCACCUGAACAAACCCUAAUGUACCUUUUAAUUUGUAUCAAAUAUUGUGAUCUCACAUUGUCUUUGAAAUUGUGGAUGUUGGUGUUUUGUGAUUUGGUGAACAGAAGUUAAAUUGCCAUUUUGGAUACUUCAAGGACAUUUUCUGCUAAAGAAGAUACCAUUUAAAAAGGUAGAUUUUAUCAUGGUACUUUUGUUAAUUGUCUUUUGAAGUGUCUGGACUUAACAAGUUUACAUUUUUCGUUUCAUAUAUAUUGCUUGUUCUAUUUCUAACAUUCCAUAAAUAUACUUGAAAUGUUAUUUAACUAUAUUCAAAAGAAAUUUGGAUUCUGCUUAUAUAAUAACGCUUGAAUAUUGGAAUUAUAUAUUUGAAAAUGCACUUGAAAUACACUGGAUAAUUACCUUUUGUGAUUUAGAUUUUAAUUUCUGUUGCUGAUUUAUUUAAUUACAAGCUAAUAAAUGAAGUAAAAUGCA